AUGCUUAUUGGAAUCCCCAUUGUUUUGUAUAUUGGCUUUUUUGCUUUCUUAGACAUGGCUGCUAUUGACCAACAACAUGUUAUGAAUAUGCUCGAAGCGUUUUCGUUUUCGGAUAUGCAGUCAUCGGGAGGUGUUGUGCCACAGGGAGCUACAUUUAUGCCUCCCUUGACAAACGUCAUGGGUGCUCCCCAAAUGGGUCAAGUGGUACCUCAAUAUUCAAUGAGUAAUGAACCCUACGCAUCACAUAUUCUAAUUUCUAAUGCUUUACAGAUGCCAGUAUCGGCCAUUGGACCUCCAUCGACUCAUAGUCAUAUGAUGAUUGGAGGUGGUAAUGGGGCUCCGCCCUAUGAACCUCGUCCUCCAGGUUCUCUUGCUCCUGGUGGUCCUGUUAGUUCAGGAGAUGUACCGGGAGGCACAGGGCAAGCACAGAACCCGCAAGGAGCGAUUGCUCCCAGCACUGGCCUUUCUGCACCUGGUAAAAUUUUUUCUUUUUGUAGCGUUCCUUUCCAGUGUCCUCGAAGACCAAACCAUGGCAUAGAAGGGCGUUCUAUAGUUCUUCGGGCAAACCAUUUUGCGGUCCGGAUACCAGGUGGAAACAUUCAACAUUAUCUGGUUGAUGUGCAACCUGAUAAAUGUCCUCGUAGGGUGAACCGGGAGAUUGUUAACAGUAUGAUUCGUGCUUACGCAAGAAUUUUUAAUAACACUCGGCCGGUUUAUGACGGGAAGAAAAACAUGUAUACGCGUGAAUUACUUCCUAUCGGCCGUGAUCGAAUUGAGUUAGAAGUAACGCUUCCGGGCGACUCAAAUGUCGAGCGACAGUUUAGAGUGACUUUGAAGUGGAUGACUACGGUCUCUUUGUCAACUUUAGAGGACGCCAUGGAAGGACGCAUUCGUCCUGUACCUAUAGAGUCCGUUCAGGCAAUGGAUGUAAUUCUUCGCCAUUUGCCAAGUUUGAAAUAUACCCCUGUUGGACGAUCUUUCUUUUCUCCUCCCGUAAAUUCGCAACAGCACGGUCCGCAGCAUUCAGCACAGUAUCAUUCCGAGAGCAAACUAGGUGGAGGGCGUGAAGUUUGGUUUGGAUUUCACCAAAGCGUUAGGCCGAGUCAGUGGAAGAUGAUGCUUAAUAUUGAUGUUUCCGCGACUGCUUUUUAUCGCUCAAUGUCUGUGAUUGAAUUUAUCGCGGAGGUUUUGGAGCUUCCGGUUCAAGCACUCGCUGAACGCCGCGUUCUUUCUGAUGCACAACGUGUAAAGUUUACAAAGGAGAUUCGUGGGUUAAAAAUCGAAAUUACUCACUGUGGUCAAAUGCGGAGGAAAUAUCGAGUUUGUAAUGUCACAAGAAGGCCAGCACAGACUCAAACUUUUCCCUUGCAACUGGAGACUGGACAGUCUAUUGAGUGUACCGUAGCCAAGUAUUUUUAUGACAAAUAUCACAUGCAGUUGAAAUACCCACAUUUGCCUUGUCUGCAAGUAGGACAGGAGCAGAAACACACAUAUCUUCCACCUGAAGUUUGCAACAUUGUUGCCGGUCAGAGGUGUAUCAAAAAGUUAACUGAUACCCAGACAAGUACAAUGAUAAAGGCUACUGCACGUUCUGCUCCAGAGCGGGAGCGGGAGAUCUCGAAUCUUGUAAGGAAGGCUGAAUUUAACUCAGAUCCAUUUGCUCAUGAGUUUGGCAUUGCGAUCAACCCGUUAAUGACAGAGGUGAAAGGUCGUGUAUUAAAUGCACCUAAGUUAUUGUAUGGUGGCCGUACAAAAGCCACAGCAUUGCCCAAUCAAGGUGUGUGGGAUAUGAGGGGGAAGCAGUUUCACACUGGAGUUGAAGUCAAGAUUUGGGCAAUAGCGUGUUUUGCGCAACAACAACAUGUUAAAGAAAAUGAUCUUCGCAAUUUCACAACACAACUGCAAAGAAUAUCUAACGAUGCAGGCAUGCCUAUUAUGGGCCAACCUUGUUUUUGCAAAUAUGCUGUUGGCGUUGAUCAAGUGGAGCCUAUGUUCAAGUAUUUGAAACAGACCUUCGUGGGGAUUCAACUGGUUUGCGUGGUUCUGCCUGGAAAGACUCCAGUUUAUGCGGAAGUAAAACGAGUUGGUGAUACAGUGUUAGGAAUUGCAACCCAAUGUGUGCAGGCGAAGAACGUCAUCAAAACUACUCCGCAAACACUUUCAAAUUUAUGUUUAAAAAUGAACGUGAAACUUGGUGGUGUUAAUUCAAUUCUUCUUCCUGCAGUUAGGCCUCGUAUAUUUAAUGAACCAGUCAUAUUUCUGGGUUGCGACAUAACACAUCCUCCAGCGGGCGAUGCCAGAAAGCCAUCUAUUGCUGCCGUAGUUGGGAGCAUGGAUGCUCAUCCAUCACGGUAUGCUGCAACAGUACGGGUGCAGCAUCAGAGACAAGAAACAAUAAGUGAUCUUGCUAUGAUGGUUCGGGAGUUGUUGGUACAGUUCUAUCGUAAUACUCGUUUCAAGCCCACCCGUAUUAUUGUAUAUCGUGAUGGAGUUCUCCAACACGAAUUGAGAGCGAUGCGAGAUGCGUGUAUGAUGCUAGAAAGAGGUUACCAACCAGGAAUAACUUUUAUUGCUGUUCAGAAACGACAUCACACUAGACUUUUCGCUGUCGAAAAGAAGGAUCAGGUGGGAAAGGCCUAUAACAUUCCGCCGGGGACAACUGUCGAUGUUGGGAUUACGCAUCCCACUGAAUUCGAUUUUUACUUGUGUUCGCAUGCUGGGAUACAGGGUACUUCACGUCCGUCUCAUUACCAUGUGCUGUGGGAUGAUAACAGUCUUACUGCUGACGAGUUGCAGCAGCUUACUUACCAGAUGUGCCAUACGUAUGUUCGUUGUACUCGUUCGGUUUCUAUUCCCGCCCCUGCUUAUUAUGCUCAUCUUGUUGCAUUUCGGGCUAGAUAUCAUUUAGUAGAUCGAGAUCAUGACAGUGGAGAGGGAUCGCAGCCUUCCGGUACUAGUGAGGAUACUACGCUUAGUAACAUGGCUCGUGCUGUGCAAGUACACCCAGAUGCCAACAGUGUCAUGUAUUUUGCUUAG